AUGAAUGUGGGCAAUGACCAAGAGGAGGCCUCAGCAGAGUACCUCAGUAGGGGCUCUUUUUUGGAUAGUUGGGGAAGGAACUUUUACUAUAUCACCAUCCUUCGUGACCCUGUUUCCCGGUAUUUGAGUGAAUGGAGGCACGUUCAGAGAGGAGCCACUUGGAAAGCUUCUUUGCAUGUCUGUGAUGGAAGGUCUCCAACUAUUGAAGAGCUCCCCAGCUGUUACACAGGGGAUGACUGGUCUGGCUGUUCUCUUAAGGAGUUUAUGGACUGUCCCUAUAAUUUGGCCAAUAAUCGCCAGGUCCGCAUGCUUUCUGAUCUGAGUCUGGUCGGCUGUUACAAUCUGUCCGUGAUGCCAGAAGAGCAGAGAAACAAGGUUCUUCUAGACAGCGCCAAAGAGAACCUGAAAUGCAUGGCUUUCUUUGGGCUCACUGAGUUUCAAAGGAAGACUCAGUAUCUAUUUGAGAAAACCUUCAACAUGAACUUUAUCUCGCCCUUUACACAGUAUAACAACACAAGAGCAUCCAGCGUGGAAAUAGAUCAGCAGACUCAAAAGCGGAUUGAAGCCCUCAACUUUUUAGACAUGGAAUUGUACGAGUAUGCGAAAGACCUUUUCCUGCAAAGAUACCAGUUUACAAGACAGAAAGAUCAUCAGGAAGCCCGGCGGAAGCGUCAAGAGCAACGGAAGAACCUGAAGACCAGGCAUGCUCACAAGCGCGAUCAAACUGACAAUGCAACUACUGAUUACGUGGAGGACGUCGAAAAAUGGCGGUAAUCAGGAAUGGAAACCUCGUCUUGAACCCCAAAGUAACAACGAAGACAAAAUGAAUUUUAGAAAGUGAAACACUCCAAACGUAUUCUUCCCUAAAUGGGGAAGCAAAAACCGUUCAAAUGUUGCCUCUGCAGAUGCCUUUCAAUUUCAUGUUAUACCAUGCGUGGGUAAAACAAUCUUAAUGUGUAAUUAAAUUUUGGACUACUUAUGAAAUCGAAAUGCCAAACCAGGCUCACCAGAAAUUGAUGCUAAGAUAUUUCAAGGAAUCCUUAAAUUAGUUAUGGAUACAAAAUGAAAAGACAAAAUGUGACCCUUUAACUUCUGCCUAAGAAUUGGUGUUUAAAUUAUUCAUGAAGCAACUCAAUCUUGGACGAAAACAUCUUUCCAAUGAUAAGCAUGAGCGGGAGGACAGAAUAAAUAAAUAAAAGGGAACAUCUUUUUUUUUUUAAUUUUCUUAUGAAUUUUUAAAAGACUCUAUUUGAAUAGAACACCAACUACUAGUGAUGUUUGCCAAACUAAAGAAAAUUCAAAAUUUCUCUAAAAGAUGGUAAUUUGACAGAUAUCAAUAUUGGCUUUCAAAAUCAAAAGAGAAGUCAAAGUCUUGUUACAUAAAGAAAUAUUCAAAACGUCCAAAUGUUUUUACCCACAGCUAUUAAAAGACUUUAAAACUGGAUGUCUCUCAUACAAAAAAAAAAAAAACAAAAAAGACCAAAAAAAAAAAAAAGGAAACG